AAGCCGACAGCACAAAGAAGAUGUUCAUCGCGCUCGGCUCGGUACAGAUUGCUAUCUGCGCGCUUACAAUCCCGCUAUAUAUCCUUGGCAAGAAGAACAGGAGUUUCUUCCACAGACACAAUGUCUUCUUCAAAGCAACAGACUGGAUUGCAAAUUGCACGCUUCGGAUUUUUGCACGCGGCAGCGAGGCUUUGGGAUGAUCAAUUCUCCCCAAAGAACGCUCCAGCCCUCUUCGUACAUGGGCUCGACAAGUUCAAGGUCAUAUACUAUGGUUCUUUUUCCGAGUAUAUCCAGGGCUCUUUCCCGUGCUGUCGGUGCCGUUGAUCGAACUGCUCUUUCUACCUUCGGCUUAUGAGAUGCUGAUGCUUAUGAUCUUGAUAUCCUCCUCCGGUUUUUCCUU